AUGGAUCACAAAUUUGGGUCAGAGGAACUCUACAGCGGGAUUUUACCGAGAGCUGCAGAGUUUGCAGAGUCUGCCGUUGAAAAAGUGGGCGAUUUAGCCAAAUCAGGUGCGGAAAAAGUAAUGGAUGCGACAAAUAAAGCUGUAGAUGAUGCCAAAGUAACCGGAGAAGCGCUUGGGGACACGUUACACCUGUUUGGUAACAAGCUGAAAGAAACGGUGGGACAGGCAGAAGAUAUGGGACAUCAAGCAGUAGAAACUGCCAAAGAUACUGCCUCAAAUAUGCUAUCCGGAAUGGCUCAAGAUAUCUCGAAUACAUCACAAAAAAUUCGCGGUAUGGGUGCAGAUAUGGCCCAUUCGCUGCAUGAAGACGCGAACAAGGCGAUGCACGCUUUCAAGGGGGAGUUUGAUGAUGUCACCCAUGACAUUUUGGAUACGAAUCAUCAUGCCUUCGAUACUUUAAAAAACACAUUACAAGAAGCGGAGGUUUCUGGUGACGCCCUUAAAGACAAAAACGUCAGUGGCAACACUUCCCACAGCAAUGACUCGUAUGCUAAGGCCGAAGCAAGCGGUGCAACAAAGCCCAGACAUGAAAACUUGAUUCAACUUGCCGAUGAGAUUAACAAUGGCUUAGAGCAUGAUGCAGGGCAUCGUACAGUGUUCCACCAACCAACAGAUGGUGACCAGCAGGAUGUCGAUUAUCCAUCACAACAACGGGGUUUGAAUUGGAGACAACAUUCUAACGAAGGAGCAGGGAUCGAUGCACCCCAUUUUGGUUUUGAUGUAAAACCAGCAGCUCACUCUGCAGAAAAUGCAAUACAUGAUGAAAUUGUUGAUGUACAUGAUCAAGUAGACUCGAUGAUUACGAAAAUGUUCGCUGCAAAUGCUCCACAGCAUGAUGAUAACAGUGCAGAAGAAAGUAUGUUUGACAGAAAAGGACCAUUGACUAUACCACAUCAGACUCCCAAAGAUACAAAACAGUUCGACCAGUUCGACCAUGGCUUUAACUCCUCAAAACAAAGUGGUUUUGAUGUGUCACCCCGUCCCCCGACACCACCAAAAGAGUAUGACGAUGAGGAUGUCAAACCGACCACGAUUGAUUUGGGACGAACAGCAGUUGCCAGUAGUGGACAUCCAAGUUCCAUAUUGAAAAACAAUGCACAAGGUGUCAGAUUUAAUUUCAAGAAUUGGGAUGCGAGAUAUGGAAUUGCUUUGAAGAAGUCAUUCCUGUGCACAAUGCAUCCGGCACUUAUUUUUGAAGCAGUGCAAAAAACACAAGACAAAAAGUCUGCUAAGAAUUGUGUCUGUAUGGUUCGGCAUAAAUCAUUUUAA